AUGGGUCACCAUGCAUCCAAACAUAAGCAUAAAUCGGGUAUUCAUUCAACUACAGCAAAAGUAGGCACCCCAUCCUCAAAACCCAAAAGUUCGACCACUGCUGCUCCUUCAAGCACUCUGAAACUGAAAUUGGGAUCUAAACUCACGACUAGAUCAACGUCAAGAAAAUCACAAUUUACAAAAGAGUCAAGACCAUUAGGCAGUAAAGAUGAAAAUGAUCAUCAAAAUAAUGUUACGUUAAAUGCUAAAGAAGCACUGGCAAAAGCUGCGGAAGAACGAUUACAAAAACUACAAGGACAAAAAUCAGGACAACGUGAUAGACUAAAAGAUAAAGCUAAACAAAGCAAGAAUGAUAAAGGAUUAUAG